AUGAUCACGGGCAAGGCACCGUGGGGCCAUUUCGAGACCAGCAUUGCGGCAAUGAUUCACGUGGCCACUGCCCAGGAAAUGCCUCCAUUGCCCGAACAGGUCGACGGUGAACUCCGGGACUUGGUGAAAGCUUGCACCAGCAUUGCUCCACGUGAGCGACCGAGCGCACGGAAGCUGCUGGCGAACUGUUGGAUCGCGUCCACCUCGCCUCCAUCAGCGGAGGGCCCCUCGCUGCUCGCGU